AUGCUAUCUCCAAACACAUCUAACCAAGCCACCAUCAACGGCACCAACCUCUCCUCCUCAUCCACAUCCACCUUCAAGAUCCCAACCAUCGACUUCUCCUUAUGGAAAGAUGAUAAUCCCGAGGCCCGUCUCCGCGUGGCACAAGAACUCGUCAGCGCCUGUAAAGACGUCGGAUUCGUCUACAUCAUCAACCACGGACUUGCAGAGACAUUACUUGAAGAAGCCUUCGACUGGUCAAAGAAGCUAUUUUCACUCAGCCACGAAGAUAAGAUGAAGGCACCGCAUCCGGAAGGAUGGGCUGUGCAUAGAGGAUAUUCGUGGCCGGGGUUGGAGAAGGUGUCGCAGGAAAAGACUCGGGGAGAGGGUAGUGGUAAUGGGGAUGAGGAAUUGGUGAAGAAGUUGAGGGAGGUUGUUGAUUGUAAGGAGAGCUUCGAUAUUGGCAGUGAGAAUAAUCCCGAUCAGCCAAACCAGUGGAUCCCAGACGAAGUCAUUCCUGGAUUCCGAAAUUUCAUGAACGCAUUUUACUGGAAGUGUUUCAAAGUGGGCGGAGAGAUUCUGCGUGCCAUAGCCUUGGGUCUCGGCCUCGACAACGAUGAGGAUUACAUCCUGAAGAAACACUCGGGCCAUAACAACCAGAUUCGUCUGCUACACUACCCACCGGUGCCUGCGGAGGAACUUGAGAGCCAGAGAAUGGCACGCUGUCCCGCGCAUACGGACUGGAGUACUAUCACGAUGCUAUUUCAGGAUGACUGCGGUGGUUUGGAAGUUGAAGAUAUCACUAAUCCAGGGACUUUCGUGUCCGCAACGCCGGUUAAGAAUGCGAUUAUUAUGAAUGUGGGUGAUUUGUUGCAGAUGUGGAGUAAUGAUUCUCUACGCUCCACCAACCACCGUGUCGCCCUACCGCCGCUCUCUGACCGUUUGGAGGGACCAAAUCGAAUGACUCGAGAGCGAUACUCGAUUCCAUAUUUUCUCAGCCCGGAUCCUACGUCUCUGAUUGAGUGUAUUCCUGCUUGUAUGAGCGAGCAGAAUCCCGCCAAAUACGAACCGAUCACGCAGGCGGAUUAUAACCGGAUGCGCGCUUCUGUGCAGUACUGA